GCAGUUGGUGAGAGGAGAUCCCAGAAGCGGAUGCUGAAAGGAGGGAGGAGGGAGGAGGGCGGGACAGAUCUCUUCAAGGGUGGAAAAAAAAAACGUUAUUUUUUUUUUAUGCUAUUCCAAAAAGACAGACCUUUUUAGCAGGACACGCCGGACAGACUGCCGCGUUUUGAUUCACAAACGCUACGGGAAUCUUCAGCUGUGUAGACCCCGAAACAUGCCAUGUCCGAUCAGCGGUCAGAUGCCGUAGGGCGCGCCCCGUGAAGCCUGCUUGCCUACCCUCGGACAAAGGGCAUGGCCCCGGCCCUGACCAGGAUCCUGCGAAAUGACCACGGCAUCCACCUCUCCUCUCCGCCUUCCUCCGUCAGAGUGGACCCUGAUGCCGGCGCAGUCACGUCCGCCGUUGAGCUCGAGCCGCCCGGGAGAUCCACCGACGGCGGGGACCUGCAGAAGAUCAGCUUGAAUCUGUGCUCGCUCGGCUACCUGUACCCCGUGGACCGCCCCGUGCAUCCUGAGCCUCUCGCACGUGGCCCUGCCCCUGGCGGUCGGGGUGAGAUGCUGGCCCGGCCGGCCCCAGGCUCCCUCGUCGGCCUCCCCCGCUUCAGUAAGUGCCAGGGAGAGUCUCGUCAAGUGGCCACGGUCUUCCCAGGUGCGACAGGCAUGUUUGUGAUUGCUCUUCCAGAGCACAAUAGCCAAGAGGCAAUCCUGCUGCAUGGACCGAGUGCUCGGCACCAAUGCGGGCCAGAUGGCGGUGACGUGCGCCCCUCCUCUCUUAUCCUUCCCAGUGUGCGUCCCUCCUAUUCCCAAGGCGAGACAGCAUUUCCGAAUCUCUCGUCCAUGUAUGCAACCCAGCCCACUGUGAUGUACGAGGAGUGGGAGAGGACCCUCGGCCCUCCUGCAUGUUCGAGGCAGCCCGGGACCGGCUUCGCGAACCCCGACCGGCUGCAGCCGGGGCGCCCGCUGGAGGACGCGGCCGGGGAGCAGCUCUCCAGGCACGAGGCGCUUCAAGGCAGAGCCUGUAGGCUGCAGAGGAGACUCCGAGCCCUGCUGGGCGAGCACGCUUUGAAGCACUGCAGCCAGCAGCUGGAGGGGCUGAGGAACCAUUUUCAGCCCGAAGAUGUGGCCCUCGAGUCCAGCCUGGACUCGGUUACGCCCCCGCAGACCUGCAGCGGCUCCUGUUUUUCUUGGGACGAGUCGAUCACGGCCUCGCCCUUCUUCGCCGAGGUGGCGGAUUUCUGCGAGUCCAGCCAGAUGGUGCUCAGGGGGCUGCAGGAGGCCUUGGACUCAGAGGCCACAGGCAGCAGCAGCUCCGAUGACGAGUCAGAGGAGGACACGCUUUUACCCUCCGGUAGCAGCAGCGGUAAGAUGCAGUGGCUGGAGGAGAGGGCGGAGCUAAGCAGCAGGUGGAUCUGGCUGCAGCUCCGCGUGUCCGAACUGGAUGGGAGAAUAGAGCAACUGGUGGAGCUCCACAAGCACAUACGCUCGACCAAGGGCACGGUGGUGCUUGCGCAAUCCCAGCCUCUGACCGACAUGCAGAUCCAGCAGACCCUGAUGAGAGAAAUGGCCGGCCUGUCCUGCACGGCCUCGGACGCAGAUGCAGACGGAGAGCCCUGCAGUCCCACGCGCCUCCUGUACAACAUAGAGAGACAGAGUGCCCAGCUCAGCCAGAUUGUAAACAGCCUGAUGCCUCCUCUGAGCCUUUCGCCUCUCUCUAAGCAGCCUUCAAAUGGAAGACCGACCUUCACAAGUACUCAUGGAGGAGAUGAUGUUUUUCUAGCCGGGACCUCAAAGGGGAGGAGACUGAAAAGCAGAAGGCUCUUCAGAGUUGAUGCGUCGUGCGUGUGCGCCCGCACCCGUCCCAUGGUCGCGUGCCACAAACGCAAGUUGUUCUCCUUGACCUCCUGCGCCACCGCCAGUUCGCCGAAAUCAAGAAAUUCCAAAUUUACUCUCUUCUCCACUUGUAGCUCUUGUGAUUCUGUUUGUUUGUGCUCUGAACAUGACUGCAGCUACCGGUCGAGACUUCGGCCUACUGUGCCUCUUUCCUCUGGCAAUACUACAAGCCAUCAUUUUCAGAAGAUUGUUGGCAGAGAAGAAUGGGUUCAGAGACCUUUAAUCAUCAAAUCUAAACUGUCCUGUUCACCAAACUAUGGGAGAAACAGCUCCACACCAAGGCACAACAGCAGGAAAUGCAAGCAGCAUGCGCGACAGCGUAAUAAAAGGGAAGUUUUGGGUCUGUCACCAAUCAGGUCGCCAGGAUCUGCCUGGAGUCAGCGCAGGCGGUCCAAUCAGAGGAAAAGGAAGCGAGGACGGCUCUGCAGACUGACUAAAGAUGAUGAGGAUGUCCUGUACCAGCUCUGUGAUCUUGGAGACGGUUCAGAUGACAUCCUGGAGGAGAACUUCAGUCAGUUCACGCUCAGCCAGGUCUCACAGGGCUUUCUUGGCAGGCACCCUAGGGGCCGUGUGUACAACAUUGACGACAUUGUCAUUCCCGUGUCACUGUCUAAGGUGGAGAAGCUGCCGUACAAAGACAUCCUGACACCCAGCUGGCGGGUGGUCGACAUCCAGGGUUUGACGGCUACAAAGGCAGGAGACGAUAAGAAACGUGUUCCGUGUCGUGUUCAGAUCGAGGAUCUCGGCGACGAAGUGUUCGCUCGGCGGCACCGGGCUUUGGAGCAGAGGGAGAAGCGGCGCUGGUCGUCCUGGGAAAAGAGGAAGCGCUGCAGGCCUUCUACAAGAUCUGGCAGCAGGCUAUCAAGCAGUGGGGGCGGGAUGUGCACAUCAGGCGAGGAGAGCUCUGUGGAGUGGAGUUGUGCUCAGCUGGAUUCUGAUGAGCAGCCGCGGUCGGAGGAGUGGCUGCCUCGGGCACCUUGGGAAUCCCGAGUCUUUCCUCUGGAUGAGCACGAGGAAGCCGCUCUGCUCUCUGACGAAGAGAAAAUCCCGUCUGGAUGGACAGAAUCCAGCUGUAUGUCUUUCUCAUCAAAGUCCUCCAUCUCCCAUUCGUCCCCAACUCAGUCAGCCUGCACUCCACUGCCCUCUUCAGGACAAAAUACGACCUGCACGUCCAGUGGCAGCUGAGCUUACCUCUUUACAGCUCUCCUUACUUCAGGGACCACCAGCCAAAAAGGAAGUCCACAGGAAGACUGGAUACAGCCAAUGAUCAUUUUUUUCAUUUAAUAUAACAAGCUCAAUACUUUGAUGGAAAUGUAAACAUUUUGUAUUGUGAGAUGUGCCCCGGUGGUUUUACCUGAUGUUUGUGGCUCCAUCUGCAGUUUAAGGUUUUAAUGUAAAUACGGGGCUGUCGGUAAUAUCGGAUUUUUAUUUAGUUUGCCGUUGUCACUAUUUAUUCUUAAACUUGUCUCUUGAAAAUGUACAGAUUUAAAAACCUAAGUAGACACAUUUCUUUAUCUAGAUUUUGAUUGUUUUCAUGUGUGCUUUUUAAUUUUUAUAUGACCUGUAAUUUUUUUUUGCCUGAUUUAAAAAAAAAAAAAUUAAUUAAACAGUAAAUGUUGUCAUUUUUUGAUUUUAUGCUUUACCACAUGAUUCAUGUGCCUGCCGUUUUGAGUGUUUCUUUCAGGUUCUCAGAUGUAACUCAUACCUCGCAGGACAGGAGAUGCAGUUUGUAUAAAUGUCACAAUAAUAAUAAAAUCUCACUGGUGUUAA